GUGCAUGCAUUGUGAAUUAGUUUGCAGGAAUGUGUGUCAGUGUGUGUGGAUUAUGAGAAGAGCAUUGUGACAAACCAGGAGCAGAUUUUUGCUGCAAUGACCCGUUCGAGCACCGAUUUCUGUCCCAUCCUCUGGCUUUCUGCUCCUCUCAGCCUGGAUAUGCACCACCUCGGCAUCUUUUGACUUCAUGAAGAUUCCUGACAUCGGUAAUGUGAUGAAUAAAUUUGAGGUCCUUGGGAUUGUAGGAGAGGGAGCGUAUGGGGUGGUCCUGAAAUGCAGACACAAGGAGACAAAAGAGCUUGUGGCCAUUAAGAAGUUCAAGGACAGUGAAGAGAAUGAGGAAGUUAAAGAAACGACGUUACGAGAGCUCAAGAUGCUCCGUACCCUGAAGCAAGACAACAUUGUAGAACUGAAGGAGGCUUUCCGUCGACGGGGAAAACUCUAUCUAGUGUUUGAAUAUGUGGAGAAGAAUAUGUUGGAGUUGUUGGAGGAAUUGCCUAAUGGUGCGCUACCUGAUAAAGUACGAAGCUACAUCUUUCAGCUGAUCAAAGCUAUUCACUGGUGCCACAAAAAUGAGAUCGUUCACAGGGAUAUCAAGCCUGAAAAUCUCCUCAUCAGCUCCAAUGAUAUCCUGAAGCUGUGUGAUUUUGGCUUUGCCCGCAAUCUCUCUGAAGGCAGUGAUGCUAACUACACGGAGUAUGUGGCGACCAGGUGGUACCGCUCACCUGAACUGCUCCUGGGAGCUCCAUAUGGGAAGGCGGUGGACAUGUGGUCGGUGGGGUGUAUUUUGGGAGAACUGAGUGAUGGGCAGCCCCUGUUUCCGGGAGAGAGUGAAAUCGACCAGCUCUUCACCAUUCAGAAGGUGUUGGGCCCCUUACCCCCAGAGCAGAUGAAGCUGUUCUACAGCAACCCUCGUUUUGCCGGACUAAGAUUUCCUUCUGUAAGUCAUCCUCAGACGCUUGAUCGAAGGUACCUGGGCAUCAUCAAUGGACUCAUGUUGGAUUUAAUGAAGAACCUGCUGUGCCUAAACCCCACCGAACGCUUUCUGACAGAACAGUGUCUGAACCACCCAGUGUUUCAGGGCCUUAGAGGGCCAGAGCGGCCAGCAGCCCCAUCGCCCACCCCACCUCGCUCCUCGAAGAGAAAACCAUACCACGGAGACAACACCAUACCCAGCCGGAGCCACGGAAGUAAGAGUUCAGGUCACCGGCAUGCUAACAGCAAGGACUGCUCGUCUCUCCCGCGCCAUGAAGACCUCCACCGGAGCACCGACAGCUUCCUGAAUGGCAGCAACAUGCUGACCUCAUCCACCCUGAGUCCCACACUACACCCCAAGAGCUACCAGGCCCAGACCAUCAGCCGCUCGGCCUCUUGUAGCAAAGACCUGGCAAACAACAACCUUCCCCACCUACUCAGCCCCAAAGAUGCAAAGGGAAAGACCGAAUUUGAUUUCAACCUGGGGCCUAAAAAUGGAGGUGUCAGUGCGGGAGGGGACACCUCUACUGGCAAGUACCUCAAGUCAUCCAAACCAGGCCGCCACUCGUCCUUCCUGGAAGGGAAAACCAGCACGCUGCAGUCUGGGGACAAGCACAGUCGCCAUAACCACAUGGAAUCUUCACAUGGAUCCAUGCCUUCCACAUCAUCCUCCAAAAGCUCCUCAUCCUUCCUCAGCCUGUCCAAGAGCCACGGAGCACUGAACGACACCAAGUCCGUAAGCAACCUGGCCGAGACACGACUCCACCUGGACGAUCCCAUGGUGGGAUCGGGCUCAGGUUCCCGCUACUUCCCGUCCAGCUGUCUGGAUCUAAACGCAGCUCCCGGGAGCCCGAGAGGUGAACGGCACUCUGGGGCGGAGCGACAGGGUCACAGUCCCAGCAGCCGGGGGAACGCACGACUGGAAGGGGGCACUCUGGACUCACGACGUUCUUCGGGUCGGAAAAAGACACCGGAUGAACCGAAGUCUUCGGACAUACUGGACCCAAGCAGGGCCGCGGGAGCAGGGGGCAGCCAUCCUCACAAUAUGCCCUCCCCGCAUGAAUCCUAUCCUUACGGUCUCGGCUACACCAGCCCGUUUUCCUCGCAGCAGCGCCCUCAUCGCCACUCCAUGUACGUGCGGAGAGAGCGACAUAGGCCGCAUGGCCAGGAAGCGAAUUUGGUGGUCGGGCAGGGAGUGCCAACACGUGCCAGCAGCUUACAACUCCUCUCGCCGCAGCUCCAGCAUCGCACACUCCCACGCCACAACACCAGCUCCUCCCGAGAAGAACUCGUGCAAGAUCUGAGCAGGAAUGACCAGUCUCCCAAAGAGAAGCCUCAUUCUCGCCCCCCGAUUAAAGAUUCCACGAGGGACAACACAGCUUCCUUCCACUCACAACGCCCAAAAAACGAGUGUGACUAUCCUCUUGUAACCCAGCCUGGGAUGUACCAUGACACUCAUAUGGAGGAUGGAACCUCAUCCAAGGAGAACAGAAUCAUUUACAGUGACUCGAUGCCUCGCAGAGUGGGAAGUUUUUACAGAGUCCCUUCUCCUCGACCGGACAACUCCUUCCAUGAGAGUGCUGGACAGAGCAGAGUGCCAGCGGUGGCGGCAGAAAGCACAGCCAUGACAAACCACCCCAAACGGCAGACCAAUUUCGACCCCUGGAAUAAUUCAGAGGCUAUGGUCAUGAACCCACCAGAGGUCCCUAAACAAAAAGAAAAACAAGGUUUCUUUAGAGCCAUAAAGAAGAAAAAGAAGAAGUCACAGCCGACGGACGGCAACGCAGGAAGGAACCCGAGCAUCAAGAAAAGCCUUUUCCCCCUCUUUAACUCAAAGAAUAGCUUAAAGCAUAACUCUUCUGUCAAAGUGCUUCCUGUUGUCCCGCAGCCCAUGGUUCCUAGUGAGGCUCAGCAAGAGCAGCUAGUGAUACAAAGACCAGUCAAAACAUCGUCUCAUCACAGCAGUCGACACCGCAACCGAGAUCGAGACCGGGAACGUGAUCUGGAAAGGGACAGGGAGCGUGACCGGGAUCGAAACCGUGAGAGGGACCGUGAUCGUGACAGGGACAACACUUGGCCACCUGAAAAGCAGACAGAUGUGCAGCCUCAGAACCAGCCUCUGAAGUCCUUGCGGAAGCUCCUACACCUUUCGUCUCCUGCUACUUCCAAUCAGCUCCCACCUCCCGAUCGCUCGGCAGAGCUGCGCUUCCAGCCUCUCCCCAACCCCCCUUCCAAAGGGAACCUGAAUGAGGCCAGAGGGCUCCCACCGGGCAGCGUCACCCCAAAUACCAAGAGCCGCAAACCCCACAACUACCCUCUGCCAGGGCAGAUCGAGUCCAGCUGGCACAUCUCUGCGUUGAAUAGGGCCGAGGGCGCACCGUACCCAGACCAAAUGGCAAACAAAAGUGGGCAGAACGGUAUCGGCUUCACCAGAGCCGCUCGCGCGAGAAUGCCAAACCUCAACGAUCUGAAAGAAACGGCUCUUUAGAGGAGGAAGGGCCCUUAGUGGCCACUAGUGUACUUGGUUUCUCCUUUUCCUUCCUGGCUACCUAUCGAAUGCUUUUGUUCAUACAGUGGUACACAAUGCCACUUCUGGCCAGAAGGUGGCAAUAGUUAUGUAUCAGAUUUGUUUUUUUUUAAAGCAUCCACAUUUGAUAGAAUUUGUAUUCUUGUUCAUUACAUCUGGGUUCAGUUUUCUGUUGAAAAUUGCUUAUUGACGAUGAUAUGAAUCUAUGUAUUUGUAUAUGGAAACUUGGGGACGGGGGACAAAAAGAAUCUGUGGAAUUGUAAGAGCUUUAGUUUAUACACAAGAGAAUGUAUAAAUAUUUAAUGUGUAAUAAUUCUAUAUUUCAUGGAGAUUAUUUAAUGAAUUAUUGGUGUGUUAAUAGUUACAAUGUACAGAGUGCAUUUUAUGGUUGUAACAAAAGUACUUAUUGUUUCUAAAUUAUUUUCCUCUCUUUUCCGAACAUUGUUUUCUGAUGAAUGAAUUCUCAGUGCAGACUAUAGGUUUAUAUUACACAUUGUCUCAUACUGCAGGUCUUUGAGUCAUCCCUGUUUAAAACAUGCAGCAGCAUAUCAGCAACUACUGAUCCACGUCCCAUGAUGGCUAUUUGUCUCACUUUACCCAUAGAAGGUGUCUUACAAUGUUUUUUUUUUACUUCCCAUGAGCUUGGCAUUCAAUACCCAACACGCUGGGAUCAGAUAGUGCUUGUUUUUAACAUGAGUCCAUUAGAGAUCCAGAUCCCCGAAGAGCUGGAUUUCCUGAGAAUAAUGAAUUUCAGCAGAGGCCUUACGGUGUCUCCCUCCCAAGCUGGUGGUUUACAAGCGGCUCUGCUCAAGGUUGUGCGAGUUAAGUCCGUUAGUCCAUCCUGACGUGACUUUCAGCGGUCGCUUUGUGGGGAUUGAGUUGCACGUGUGCAUGAUUCUUUGAACAAACUGAAUAACUGGCGGUUUUAUUUGAAUCCGUUUAACCGCAUGUUUUUGAAGAGGUGAAAGCAUUGCCUCAGAACCUGGUAAAAGGAUUUCAAAGACAUAAUGCAGUUAUUGAUCUGUUAGUGGGGAGGGCAGGUGGGAGACACGGUAAGGUUUUCAAGUGGCCUCUGAAAUGCAGCACAUUUUCAUUCAGGCUUUCAGUGUUUGAUUUAGAUUUAUCUCACCGUACAUUCCAUUAAAUUAUAUUCUACUAAUAUAGAUUAAAAUGAGAUGGAUAUAAAAUAUGCAAAAUAGCUAUAUUAAGAAUUCCAGGCAUUUGAAUACCAAUGCAAACAGAGCAAUACAUCAUAACGUUGAGGUGAAUUUAUCAUCCUUCAUAGAGCUGCAGCAGAGUAUUACAUUUUUAUUCAUUUACAUUGAUUAUCACAACAGGCAUUUUGCUUAACAACUGAAGUUUCUUACAAAAUCCCCCCAAAGAGAGUGACAGAGCAUUUCUCAAUUUAAUUACUCCUAUAUAAGUGAAAUGUGUCCUGGGAACUUUUUUCUUUAUUAUUAUUAAUAUAGUUUAUCAAUGGUGCACUUUAAACAGACAUUUCACAGGUGUUUUUGUUGAUAUGGUGUUUGAUUAAAACUAUCUAAUCUUCUACCUUAUCUAAUCUUAUCUACCUACAGUAUAUGAGCUCUGUCUUUCACAGGACUGGAUUUGAAACUUUUAUGUUCAAGUUACACAUUCAGAUUUAGUUUAUACAGUAUUUUUGAC